AUGGGAAGAGAUGACGGCAGGCGAGCAAGGGACGGGCACGCGGGUGGCACCGCGGGCUCUUCUCGGGUUCGGCUUGCCACGAGCGUCGCGAACGCGGACGAGCCUCGGGUCUUGCAGGGAGAUAAAGGCCGGGUGAUUCCGGCCGGGGCGGAGGAGGGGAAAAAUAAGGGCUCGACGGUGCGCACGCCUCGCGUAGCGGGCCGCUCCCACAUCCGGGUGAUUUCCGGCGGGACGGCUCGUGCGAGAAAGGGGAAAAAGGGCAGACGUCGCAGGGGGCUUUCGAGCCUGCUGUGA